GUGGAGGAAACACAAGAAUCUUGUAACUCCAGCACUCAUGGUGGUACUGAGGUGCCCGGGUCACAUAAAGGUAGACCUCUUCACUUCUACUGCUCCUGAAGUCAUCACACUGCUCUCAGCGUUUGUGUAGAGCAGCUUAAGUCCUGCGUGACACAAAAGGAUGCACUUGUGCUAAAGAGGAUUCAUCCCAGAAGCUUUUGCAGACAGCUGAAGCCAGCAGACAGUCAGAGCUGUCAGCGCUGUGAGGCUCAUCUCUGUGGAUCCACGGCUGAUCAGGCUUUCUGCUGCUGAUUUCCUCACCAGAGGAGAGGGGCGAGCAUUUAUCACAAGGACUGAAAGGACCGCAUGAUCAGAGGCUGCAGAGUGAAGGGAUCACCAUGAGGACCAAAGAAUUCCUCCUGAGCUGCAUUACCAUGGCUCUACUGCUCCAUCUCUCCCUGGCUGGUCUGAUCAAUGUCAUUCGCCAUAAAAGAGACGCCCUGAUGCCCAAGAAAACCCAGGAGAACCUCACUCUGCCACAUCCUGACCAGCCAGUGGUGUUUAAUCAUGUCUACAACAUCAACGUUCCCGACACGUCGCUGUGCUCCGUGGACCUUGACUCACCGGGUGGAACUAAGCUCAAAACGGAGAGUUCUGCAAUGGAUAUGGCAAACAGAGAGCACAUGGAGCAUACGCUGGAUGCAGAAAAUCAGAUCGUUUUCACUCAUCGUAUCAACAUCCCCAAACAAGCAUGCCGCUGUGACAACCAGCAGCCAGACCUGAAGCACAUCCUAAACCGACUGGAGAUGUUAGAGUCAGAACUUUCUGCUUUAAGAGAGCAGUGCAACGGUGGAGCCGCCUGCUGUGGAGCUCAGGUUACAGGGGAAGUGUCUACAAGGCCCUACUGUAAUGGACGUGGAAACUGGAGUAGUGAGACCUGCAGCUGCUCAUGUGAACCAGGAUGGAAAGGCCCCAACUGCACAGAACCUGAGUGCUCCAAUGAGUGUCAGGACCAGGGUCGAUGCGUGGAGGGCAGGUGUGAAUGUUUCGAGGGCUUUGUUGGGGAUGACUGUAGUAUUGAGGUCUGCUUAGUGGACUGUGGUGACUACGGUCAAUGUGUUGAAGGGUCUUGUCUCUGUGAGGAUGGCUUCAUUGGUGAGGACUGUUCCCAGACCAACUGCCCAAACAACUGUCUUGGUCGAGGACAAUGUGUGGAAGAUGAGUGUAUUUGUGAUGAGCCAUGGACAGGAUUUGACUGCUCUGAGCUCAUCUGUCCUAACGACUGCUAUGACCGAGGGCGCUGUGUUAAUGGUACCUGCUACUGUGAAGAAGGCUUUACUGGAGAAGACUGUGGUGAGCUCAGCUGCCCUGACGGCUGUAAUAACCAAGGCAUGUGUGUGAAAGGCCAUUGUGUGUGUCACAGUGGUUACAGUGGAGUGGACUGCUCCAAGCUCAUGUGCCCCAAAAGUUGCAACGAGAGAGGUCAUUGCUUCAAUGGGAAAUGCAUCUGUGACCCUGGGUUUGGAGGUGAAGACUGCUCAAUCCUCUUGUGCCUUGACAACUGCAGCAACAGGGGUCAGUGCAUUAAUGGAGAGUGUGUGUGUGACAUAGGAUACCAAGGUGAAGAUUGCAGUGAGCUUUCCUGUCUUAACAAUUGCCAAGACCAGGGCCGCUGUGUCAGUGGACAGUGCAUAUGUGACAAAGGAUUCACUGGAGAAGACUGCAGUACCAAGACCUGCCCUAGAGACUGCUUAGGAAGAGGAGAGUGUCUGGAUGGAAAGUGUGUGUGCUUUGUGGGCUUCACAGGAAAAGACUGUGCCGAGCUUACCUGUCCCAAUGACUGCCUGGAUCAGGGUCACUGUGUCAAUGGCCAAUGUGUUUGUCAUAAAGGUUUCACCGGAGAGGACUGCAGUGAGAAGACAUGUCCCAACAACUGUCUGGACAGAGGCCAUUGUAUUGAUGGCAGCUGCAUGUGUUACGAGGGUUUUACAGGGCUGGAUUGCUCCGUUAUACCCUGCCCAGGAGACUGCCAUAACCAGGGGCGCUGUGAGAAUGGAGUGUGUGACUGUGACGAGGGCUUCGUAGGGGAGGACUGCUCUGAGGUUUCACCACCCAAGGACCUUACAAUACUAGAGGUUACCCCAGAAACUGUGGACCUGUCAUGGCAGAACGAAAUGCGUGUGACAGACUACCUGAUCACCUAUGCACCCACGGCUCCUGGAGGUUUGGAGCUUGAGCUUCUUGUACCUGGCAACCAGAAGGAAGCCACUGUUCGGGAACUUGAACCUGGUGUGGAGUACCUGAUCAGUGUCUUUGCUGUUUUAAACAACAAGAGGAGUGUUCCUGUUAGUGCUAAAGUGGCAAUGCAUCUUCCUGAGGCUGAAGGUCUAAAGUUUAAAUCAGUGCGAGAAACCUCAGUGGAAGUGCAAUGGGACCCACUGGACAUUCCUUUUGAUGGCUGGAAUCUCAUCUUCAGAAACACGAAAGAGGAAGACGAUGAGAUUUUCAACUCCCUCGGCCGCCCAGAAACUACUUUUGAGCAGUCAGGCCUGGGUCCAGGCCAGGAGUAUGAGGUCAAACUGGAGGUGGUGAAGAACAAAAAGCGUGGACCACCUGCUGCCAAGAAUGUCAUCACAAGGAUUGAUGCCCCCAGCCAGGUGGAUGUGCGUGACGUGACUGAAACCACAGCAUUGGUGACUUGGUUCCAGCCUGUGGCCACUGUGGAUGGUCUCAGCAUUUCCUUCUGGCCCAGUUUAAACCCAGCUAAUCGAAAUGUGAUUGAAUUGUCCUCCAGUGACACCCAGUACCACCUGGGAGGCCUCACUCCUGAUGCCCAGUACGAGGUGUCUCUGACAGCAAAGAGAGGAGGUCAAACCAGCUUACCAGUGAAUAACUCCUUCAUAACAGAUCUGGAUGCUCCCAGAGACCUUCAGACCAUGGAACUAACAGAUGAGAGCAUCACACUAGAAUGGAAGAACAGUCGGGCUCAUGUGGACCAGUACCGCAUCAAGUAUGGCCCACUGUCUGGAGGCGAACAUGGAGAAUUGCUCAUCCCUCGCGGACCCAAAGACUCCACCCAGGCUAAGAUCACUGGCCUGAGACCAGGAACUGAGUAUGGAAUGGGCGUGACAGCCAUAAAAGAUGAACGGGAGAGUAUCCCUGCCACUACCAAUGCAGUUACAGCUCUGGAUUCUCCUAAAGACCUGACUGUGGCUGAGGUGACCGAGACCUCCAUGACGCUGGAGUGGAAACGCCCCCUGGCUAAACUGGACACCUACAAACUAGUCUAUGUUGCUGCUGACGGCCACAGGGUUGAAGACCUGAUUCCAGCCAGCUCUGAAACCCACACACUCAGAGGCCUGACUCCUGGCAUGCUGUAUACUAUCAGCAUGACUGCAGAGAGAGGCCACAGAGCCAGCCGACCUGCCACCAUCUCAGCACCCACAGCUCUGGAUUCUCCUAAAGACCUGACUGUGGCUGAGGUGACCGAGACCUCCAUGACGCUGGAGUGGAAACGCCCCCUGGCUAAACUGGACACCUACAAACUAGUCUAUGUUGCUGCUGACGGCCACAGGGUUGAAGACCUGAUUCCAGCCAGCUCUGAAACCCACACACUCAGAGGCCUGACUCCUGGCAUGCUGUAUACUAUCAGCAUGACUGCAGAGAGAGGCCACAGAGCCAGCCGACCUGCCACCAUCUCAGCACCCACAGCUCUGGAUUCUCCUAAAGACCUGACUGUGGCUGAGGUGACCGAGACCUCCAUGACGCUGGAGUGGAAACGCCCCCUGGCUAAACUGGACACCUACAAACUAGUCUAUGUUGCUGCUGACGGCCACAGGGUUGAAGACCUGAUUCCAGCCAGCUCUGAAACCCACACACUCAGAGGCCUGACUCCUGGCAUGCUGUAUACUAUCAGCAUGACUGCAGAGAGAGGCCACAGAGCCAGCCGACCUGCCACCAUCUCAGCACCCACAGAAAUUGCCUCACCGAAGGGCCUCCGCUUCUCGGAGGUGACUGACACGUCUGCCACUUUUCACUGGGCACGACCGAGAACUCAGGCAGACAGUUACCAGGUCACCUACGUCCCCGCCCACGGAGGUACUUCUAAAACUCUGACAUUGGAUGGUUCUGAGUCUCAGACACUGCUGCCCAACCUCACACCGGGGGUCACCUACCAGGUUACCAUUGUUGCUCUUGAAGGCCGAAGGGAAAGUAAGCCUGGAUCGGACAGCGUUACCACAGCUCUGGAUAAGCCCCGUGGUUUGACAGCAGCCAACAUCUCAGACUCCGAGGCCUUGCUGCUAUGGCAGCCUGCCAUUGCCACUGUGGACGGUUAUGUCAUCACAUACAGUGCAGAUUCUGGUCCUCCAGUGAUGGCGCGUGUGUCUGGAAAUGUGGUGGAGUUUGAGAUGAGCUCUCUGACGCCGGCGACUCACUACACAGUGAAGGUCUAUGCUGUGAGGGAGCUGGCUAAGAGUGCAGCCACUACAACAGAGUUCACUACAGAUGUUGACGCCCCUGUGGACCUCACAACCAGUAACAUCCAGACUGAGAAUGCCUUACUCACUUGGAAGCCUCCCCGGGCUGACAUCACUGGGUACAUCCUCAGCUUCCAGUCAGCUGGCGGCACCAUCCGGGAAGUGGUGCUGAGUCCCACUGCUGGAUCAUACAAUAUGGCCCAGCUGAGUGCUUCUACCGAGUAUUCAGUCCAGCUGCAGGCCCUCGCUGGUCCCAAGAGAAGCAGAGUCAUUAGUACUGUCUUCACCACCACUGGCGUUCUGUACCGGUACCCUCGGGACUGCUCCCAGGCCCUGCUGAAUGGGGACACCUCGUCAGGCCUGUACACCAUCUACCUGGGUGGAGAUGACAACCAGCCCCUGCAGGUUUACUGCGACAUGAGCAGCGACGGAGGUGGCUGGAUUGUUUUCCUCAGACGCCAGAGUGGCAGACUGGAGUUCUUCCGCAACUGGAAAAACUACACAGCUGGUUUUGGGGACAUGAAUGAUGAAUUUUGGCUUGGUUUGUCCAACCUGCACAAGAUCUCGUCUGGAGGACAGUAUGAGCUGCGGGUCGACCUGAGAGAUAAGGGAGAGACUGCCUAUGCCCAAUAUGACAAGUUCUCUGUGUCUGAACCACGAACCCGGUACAAAGUCCAUGUGGGAGGAUACAGCGGGACAGCAGGUGACUCUAUGACGUACCACCAUGGACGUCCCUUUUCCACUUAUGAUCAUGACAACGACAUAGCUGUCACCAACUGUGCUCUGUCCUACAAGGGAGCCUUCUGGUACAAGAAUUGCCACCGAGUAAACUUGAUGGGACGAUAUGGAGACAACAGUCACAGCAAGGGUGUCAACUGGUUUCACUGGAAAGGACACGAGCACUCCAUUGAGUUUGCCGAGAUGAAGAUCCGUCCAUCUAACUUCAGAAACCUGGAGGGACGAAGGAAACGAUCUUAAAGAUGUCUCACCAACAACAUUAGCAACAUUUCUCUUUCUGGACCCUUCACACACACACACACACACACACACACACACACACACACACACACACACACACGCACACACACACACACACACACACACACACACACACACCUACUCUUCAGCAGCCAAAGUGUCUACCAGGUCACUUCCAGAACCAGGUAAAUUAGAGAAAUUGAUAAACAAACCUCUUCCCAGCAUCUAACAUCAAAGAGUCUAUAUUUACUGGAUCUGAUCCAGAACUUCACCCAGAUCUGAUUUUCCAUUUUAAUUUGUCACAUCAUCUGGUUUUGACCCACCCCAUUUGGCUUGGUUCUGACCCAUCCUGGGAGGCCUUUUUUGAUCUGUUCCACGAGACCUGGUUCUGACCCGUUCCACGAGGCCUGGCUCUGACCCGUUCCACGAGGCCUGGCUCUGAUCCGUUCCAUGAGGCCUGGUUCUGACCCGUUCCAUGAGGCUUGGUUCUGAGCCGUUCCGGGUGACCUGGUUCUGACCCGUCCUGAGAAGCCUGGAUUGGUCAGUUACAGAGCAUUUGUGUUUCUGGUCCAAAACAGUCAGAACACCUUUAUAUAACAUUCUCCAACAGAAGAUGGACCAGAACAGAACCCCUUUGGUGCUGCCCAGAUGUCACACAUCUGCCUCCCUCGUUGACUGUUCUCAGCCCCCACCCUGCCUCCACCUCCCACCUCGGACAUUGAUGUUUCCCAGAAGGCAUUGUUUUGUAUUUAGGGUAUGUUACGGGCCUGUUAUGCAAAAUAUGAUAACAUGCAGUGAUUUCACCUUGAUUGUUGUUGUUGUUGUUGUUGUUGUUGUAUCUUUUUGGAAAAAAAGAAAAUGGAAAAUACAUGUUAAACAAAAGUGGCUGUGAUGCUCAAAACACAAAAUAAAGGAAAAAAAUCUAUUCUAAUUUGAUAUCCAAUAUUUAUAGGUGGGCCUGAAUGUUUUGUUGGUAAACAGUAGUCAGUGGGAAAUCAAAAACAUGAGAAUUGAUUACUUUUACUCUCCCUAUUUGUAGAAGCCCCGCCCCUUCCCUUACCUCUGAAAGACUGCCUGUGUAAAUGAGGAUGUUUUAUUGGUUUGUCUGUUUAGAAUCAGAACUGGAGUUGUAUAUGUAAACUGUGUAAACAAUAAACCAGUUUGUUUUAAACACUUAGAA